AUGAUAAGAAGUGAUAAGAGGACACCUAAUCAAAUAAGGCCAAUAGAGUCUGAACAAGCUUUGUUGAACAAGGCUGAUGGCAGUGCAAAGUUCACUCAAAAUAAAUCAUCAGUACUUGCAGCUGUAUAUGGACCAGUUGAAGUUAUACCUAGAAAGGAGAAGAUAUCAAAGGCAAACAUAGAUGUUGUGUUCACACCUGCCACUGGCAACUCAUCCUACGAGGAUAAAGAGAAAGAAAUGCUCAUUCGCAAUGCACUAGAGAGUGUAAUAAUCACAUCACUACAUCCAAGAACACAGAUUAGCAUCAUUAUACAAGUCUACUCAGACGACGGAUCGAUAGUAAGCUGCGCUAUUAAUGCAGCAUGUUUAGCAUUGCUCGAUGCGGGUAUAGAGCUGAACAGUUUGUUGGGAUCGAUUACAUUGUGUUAUAAUCAUGAUGGCACUGUUUGUUUGGAUCCGGAUACUGUGGAAGAGGAGUUGGCAAAGGGUCUGGCGAUAUAUGCAUUCAACAAUCAAACAAAGUUGGUCAUGGUCAACACCACUGGAGUCAUCAGUGAGCAACAGUACGACGACGGACUACGUCUUGCACGCAUGUCCUGCGAGACAGUGUUGGCAUACAUCCGUUUGGCAGUCAAGAAUAGAAUAAUGGGUCACAGCAAUGAUGGCAACAACGAUGCAGGUAUCGAGCAUCAAUCGAAGACAGUUGAACCAAUGGAGAGUUAG